AUGAGUAAUUCAACGAAUUACAGUCCUUAUAUCCCUCAAUCUUCCGUUAACAACCAUCAGCAAUCACAAGCCUUUGCGUAUUCACAGCAGCACCAGGUACCGCCCUAUAUGCACCAGCACAUGGGUGCUAGCCCAUAUUAUUACAAUCAAUCUUUAGCUAUGCUUCGGCCACAAGUCGCGCCUCCUCAUUACGCGGCGUCUUACGCAACGCCUCAACAAAACGAUACAACUUCUGUGUACAAAUCAUCUUACUCAGCUUUUAAUACACCUAUAGCUCCACGAAGGACAACGCGACAAGCAGUUUAUGAAGUAGCAAGACCGACAAAAUUGACUUCAAAGCGCAAAUUUUGGAGCACAUAUGCUAGUCGCUUAAGGCAAGGUACUACUGCUUUAGUGCUUCCUGUUCAACUUAGAGGCGGAAAGAAACGUCAACGUGGUGGGGGGCACAGCACCGAAGAUUCCGAUGGUAUAGGAGAAUUAUUUGAAGAUGAUGAUAGAGGAACUCCUCCGGCGGAAAAACGUCUGGCCGUUGGGCUUAAUACCAUUAAUGGGGAAAUUCCAGUAGUAAGGCGAAAAAGAAAUAGGACCAGACAUAUAUACAAUUCUCAGAAAGAAUUAGAUCGUAAUGCCGAACAAAGAGAGAUUUUAAUCCCUAUUAGACUGGAUAUUGAUUUGGACACGCAUAAAUUGCGUGAUACCUUUACAUGGAAUCUUAACGAAAAAUUAAUAAUUCCCGAGCACUUUGCUGAAAUAAUGUGCCACGACCUUGAUCUUCCGAUCAAUGAAUUCGUUCCUCUUAUUGCAGACUCUAUACGUAAACAAAUUCAAGAACAUGAGCCAGUAGCGGAAAGUAACGUCUCGACGGAAGAUACUAGGGUUACAAUUAACCUUGAUAUCCAUGUUGGAAGACUUAAUCUUCGCGAUCGGUUUGAAUGGGAUUUGAGUUCGGAUCUGACCCCGGAAGAAUUUAGUACAAUUCUUGCGGCAGAUCUUGGAAUCGGCGGUGAAUUUGUUACGAUGAUCUCGCAUAGUAUUCACGAACAAAUAUUAAAAUAUAAAAAAGAUAUAAAGUCAGAUGAUUCAGAUAAUGAGAGUGCACCAUUAAAAUCCGUUUUUCGUGCAUAUGAAGAUGCAGAUGAAUGGAGCCCUGUAUUGAAUUUAUUAACAAAUGAAGAGUUGGAAAAGAUUAGGUUGGACCAAGAAAGGGAUAUAAGACGCAUGCGAAGAGCUACCACGCGUAAUAUUGCAAGAUCAAGGUCAUCGCGUUCAACGGUAAUCAAUGGAAUUGACCACUCAUCGAUUUAUAUAAAUCAACGAACUCGAAACGACACAAAAUUAACGUUGGAUGAAUUGGAAGUUUGGAGGUGUAUGCAUUGCGGCAUUGAUGGCCACACUACACCUUUAGUAAGAAAAGGCCCAGAUGGGGGCAAGGUUUGUGUUUUUGUAAUUAAUCUUCUUUCAUGA